UGUCCCCGAAACAAGUAAAGAUACGUUGGAAAUAUUUUUUACCAUACCUUUUCCUUCUCAUUGAAUCACUCCAUUCAUGGUUAAGAAUUCAAACACAACUUUUGAAAGUCUCUCUUGUCAGAGAUUUCGAUUUUCUCAUUAGUUGUUAUUUUCCCCAUCUAUUUAUUCAUAUCAUAGACCUAGCUUCUUGAGCAUAAGCCUCGAAACUGAGCUGAGCACCAUUAUUGCCAUAGUAAUGGAAGCUACUUCCAAGCCAAACCAUGUCUCUAUCUUCAAUGAAUGCACCAACUUCACUCUCUUAUCAAACUAUCUCGUUUCACACUUCUCACAUUUCCUAUGGCUUUCUAGCAUAACACUAGCAACAUUUGUUGAAGCAUUCUUAUUUCUCCAAAACUAUGAACCAAUGUUCCAUGUUUUUCUCCUAUUGUUUCUUCUACUUUCUUUCCUUCUAAAACACUUCCUCUCAAAACCCUCACCUGUUUACCUCAUUGAUUUCUCAUGUCUUAAACCACCAAACUAUUGUAGGGUACCUUUCUCAACAUUCCUUGAAAAUGCUUCAUUGUUUGAAUGUUUUGACAAUGAAAGCAUGGCUUUCAUGGAAAAAGUACUUCACUCUUCAGGUCAAAGUGAAGAAACUUGUCUCCCUCCUUCCUUGCACUACAUUCCACCAAAAACCCAUCAUUCUGAAUCCAUCAAAGAACUUCACAUGCUUCUUUUCCCUAUCAUUGAUGAUCUUUUUGCAAAAACAAAGCUUUCACCUUUUGAUAUAGACAUACUUAUCUUAAACUGUAGUGGCUUUUGUUCUUCACCUUCUUUAACUUCCAUUGUAGUUAACAAAUAUGCUAUGAGAAGUGACAUUAAAAGUUAUAAUGUCUCUGGUAUGGGGUGUAGUGCUAGUGCUAUUUGUAUUGAUUUAGCUCAGAAUCUUCUCAAAGUUCAUAAAAAAUCUAAUGUUAUUGUCUUAAGCACAGAGAUUUUGUCCCACGGUUGGUAUCCAGGUAAGGAAAAAUCAAAGUUGCUUAUUAACUGUCUCUUUAGAAUGGGAAGUGCAGCAAUUCUUCUUUCAAACAAAAAAGAAGCAAGUAAAAAUGCAAAAUAUUUGUUACUUAGGACACUUAGAACACAAAGAGCUUUUGAUGAUAAAGCUUAUUUAUCCUGUAUAAGGGAAGAAGAUUCAGAUGGAAAACUUGGGGUGACACUCAAGAGGGAUGUGCUUCAUGUAGCUGGUGAAACACUUCGUUCAAAUAUUUCAAUCAUUGGUUCUGAAAUAUUGCCAGUUUCAGAGAAAUUUUGGUAUUUAGUUUCUGUGAUGAAAAAGAGGUUUGUGUUUAUGAAAUGUGAAGGGAUUUAUGUGCCUGAUUUUAAGACUGUUAUACAACAUUUUUGUUUGCCAUGUUCAGGGAGGGGUGUGAUAAGAGAAGUGGGAAAAGGGUUGAAGCUUGGUGAGAAAGAGAUUGAACCUGCUUUGAUGACACUUCAUAGGUUUGGAAAUCAAUCUUCUUCAUCAUUGUGGUAUGAACUUGCUUACUUGGAAGCCAAGGAAAAAGUGAAGAAAGGUGAUAAUGUUUGGCAAGUUGGAAUGGGAAGUGGGACCAAGUGUUGCAGUGUUGUUUUGAAGUGUAAUAGACCAAUACUUGGUGAGUCUCAUAAGGGACCAUGGGGUGAUUGCAUUCAUCAAUACCCAAUAUUUGCUAGCUAGUAUAUGAAUUGCUAAUUCUAAGUGAUUAUGAAGCUCUUAAAGGUUGCUUUUUUUAGAGUUUAAUUUUGAUGCACCUCAAGUGUAAAAAGUCUGACAUUAUCA